CGGGCGCCCUCUGCCGGUCGAUCCGGUCACAGCAACAGCAGCGGCGGGGCAUCAGAUCACAGCCGCACCGAACCGAGCCACACCGACACCGACAGCACCUUCACAUCAUGUCCGACGACGAGAAGCUGCCGUCCGGAUGGGAGAAGCGCAUGAGCCGGAGUUCAGGGCGAGUUUAUUACUUCAAUCACAUCACUAACGCGAGUCAGUGGGAGCGGCCCAGCGGAGCGGGGGCUGAUGGAGCGGGCGAGCUGGAGAAGGUCCGCUGCUCUCACCUGCUGGUCAAACACAACCAGUCGCGCCGGCCGUCCUCCUGGAGAGAGGAGAACAUCACGCGCAGCAAAGAGGAGGCGCUGCAGCUCAUUCACAAGUACAUUGAACAGAUCAAGUCUUGCGAGGAGGACUUUGAGAGUUUGGCGUCUCAGUUCAGCGACUGCAGCUCGGCGAGGAACGGAGGAGACCUGGGCUUGUUUGGCAGGGGUCAAAUGCAGAAGCCGUUUGAAGACGCCUCGUUCGCGCUGAAGAUCGGAGACAUGAGCGGCCCAGUGUUCACCGAUUCAGGAGUUCACAUCAUCCUGAGAACCGGAUAACGGCCGGAUUCCCUCUCCGUCACACCUUCAUUUGUUCAUCCCGCAGAUAACACACACAUUACACACACUAUCCCAGGAUUCCUUAUCUUAAUCUGUUUCCCUGAAAAACCUCACCUGGCUUGUCAGAGCUGCACGUUAAGUCCAUUAGGUAUUUCAGUCACCGUACAUGUUACAGAUCCCUUUUGACAGGCCGCGAAUCCUGCAUCUCUACCCAGCAUUCCUUCAUCCGGCUUGGCUAAACGCUCGCAUGAUCUGCUGUCCUGCGGCGGCGCUGGUGCCUGAACGUCACAGGACCAGCUCUGAUGAUGGACAGUAGACGAUCGUAUGACAGAUCUCAAAAAAAUGACCAAUAAAAUUUACCAUGUCACUAAAGAAAA